CUAUCUGUAUAUAGCAUGAUAUUCUUAGAAAUCCACAAUAGAGUCGUGGAAGAGAUCCUUUUAUCAAAAUUUGAAAAUGCAAGACAAAUGAUGAAGCAUGAAAAAUUCGAUUACACUUUGGCUGACUUUGAUGGGGCAAUUUAUAGGCUUCAUAGCAUGAGCAAUGAUAAAUCUAAAAUUCUACUUGACUUUACCGUCAAAUUCUUCAAGGACCUUCAGAAGCAUGGUGUGGAUGAAGUACACAUUUUUUUGACGAUUUUUCAGGUCUUAAAAAGGGAAUAUGGUGAGAAUCUAUGCGAAAAUCCUCAACCCAAAUGCAGUGUCUCCCUUAUAUUUGAUCUGGAGAGACUACCAGAGGAUUACAUUAGCUUGUCUACUAAAGCCGCUCUUCUUAAGCGCAAUUGCUUCGCCGCUGUUUUCGAAAAAUAUUUUGAGUUCCAGGCCCGGGCCGAGGAAGUGAAUGAUUCAAAACGAGCUGUGAUUCAUUAUAGAGAUGAUGAAACUUUGUAA